AUGCGCGUCGAGGAGCGCCAUCGCCCUGGCAUCAGCCCCUGCAAUAUUGGUUUGGCUACUCAUCGGAAGCGGGUUCGUCUGGAUCUUCAAAGACUAAGACAAAAUUGUCUGUACGCCAAGUUCGAGAAAUGUAUCUUUGAGAAGUCCUACCUUCUAUUCCUAGGAUACAUAAUAUCCGAUACUGGCCUGCAGAUGGAUCUCGAGAAGCUGUCAGCAAUUUUAAAGUGGCCUUGUCCUUCAGGUUUAAAAGCAAUCCAGCGGUUCCUGGGAUUCGCCAACUACUAUCGCCAGUUUGUGCCGCACUUCUCGUCCGUGACUGCUCCGAUCUCUGCCUUGACCCCCAAGGGAGCAAAUCCAAAAAAUUGGACAACUGAGGCUGAAUCGGCCUUUCAAGCCUUGAAGCAAGCCUUUUCUACUGCUCCGUCUCUCCAUCGCCCUGAUGCUAACAAGCAAUUCUACCUGGAGGUGGAUGCAUCGUCUCUUGGAGUGGGGGGCAGUGCUUUCACAAAAAGCUCCUUCCGGUAA